UCAGGCUCAUAGCGGAAUUACUAUUUUUACAUCUGCGUUUCCGUGAAAAGGCAAAAGCCAUGUCGAGCCAUACGGAAGCUUAUAUACAUUCAAAUGUGGUUUAACUCGAACUUAAGGUAAGCUUAGCUAAUGAUUAGCUAACUAAAUACACCGCACUGUACAUCUUGUAUAAAAGGGAGCGGUCGAUCCAUAAGAGUUACACUCAGUUGAGUCUCUAAUAGAAAAAGUUUAUACUGAGUUAAUACUGACAGAGAUAUGAAGUUCACUUUAGUGUUUGUGGCGUUACUCUCGUUCCAGGCCGUCUCGGCCGGUCUUGACGUCAACUCGAUGGCAAAGAAAUACCUCAACAAGUAUCGCUACUUAGCGCCAAGCUACGAACGCGGUGGAAACCAUGACUUCACCUCGGCAAUCAAGCAAAUGCAGCGCUUUGCCCAUAUCCCUCAGACAGGUGUAGUGGACGCGGCGACAUUUCGUUUGAUGCAUACUCCGCGAUGUGGCAUGCCAGACAAGUCACAAAGAAAAAGCAACCGCGCGCGUAGAUAUUCCACAAACAUAGCAGAUCGCCAUAGCCAGAAUAACCUGAAAUAUUACGUGCAACACGGCGCUGACCUCUCGGCAGAUCUACAAGACCAAAUUUUCGCAACCGCCUUCCAACACUGGGCGAGUGUGUCUUCUCUUACAUUUUCCCAAACCAGAAUUCUAAACGACGCGAAUCUUCUUAUAAGUUUUGGCUCUAGGAAUCACACGGGUACAGCGCGCGAGCCAAAUUGCACAGAUCCCUUUGAUGGUGAAGGUGGAACUCUGGCCCACGCUACCCUCGCAGGCGCUAUGGCUCACUUUGACGAGGACGAAACGUUCACGCACAACUCAUACGACGGCGUAAACCUCCUGUGGGUGGCGGUCCACGAGUUUGGUCACAACCUGGGUCUGGAUCACUCUGAUGUGCAGGGAGCCAUCAUGUACCCGUACUACACUGGGUAUGACCCAAAAAUCGCCCUUCAUUCAGACGACAUCAAGGGAGUUCAGAGUCUUUAUGGACCUCUUGGCGGUACUAUGCCCCCAACGCCCCCUACGCCCCCACCGCCAUGUAUGGACGAUGUACCUGCGGACUGGUGCACUGGUGACGCAUGUUCCAGUUCUAGUGAAAUGCGGAAAUUUUGCAGGAGAACGUGCGGAGUAUGCACUGCCUAAGCAAGGAUGGAGAUAUUCACUUCACAGUGCAUCAACGCGAACCAGGACCGUAAACAGAUGUAAAUGAAUGACGACUGUAAAAGAAUGAAAAUAAAAAAUCAUUUGAAAACCA